CUAUAUGGCGACCAAAGAUAUAGUCCAACGGCCCCAGCGAAGCCGAGCCAUAGCAGAGCUGCUGCAGAUAUCUGUCAACGAGCUCCUUCUGCUCAUACAAAGCCAUGCGCUCCCAUGGCUUGUCCUGGACAAACGCAAAGAUGUGAUUCAGAAGAUUGCAGAAGCACGUCAAGAGACUGAGAUCUGGCGUCCUCUCAUGGACAGUCAAAACACAGCCUCGGUACUAUCACUUUUGAUGUUGCAAGAAUCGGAAAACAUCGAAGAUUUUGUCAAAUCUAGCCUAGAUGAGAUAUCGCCUCACUUCCACGCUCUUAGCCUUGCUGAUAUCGUUCAAUCGGAGCCCAUGUUGACCACCAUAGAGCUCUUGAAGGCGGCAGCAGACGCCGAUGCAUCGCGGAAACGACAGGUACACAAAGCUUUAACAAUGAUGGCAUCAAUGAGCUUGGGAUCUGUGAAAGAGACAAGGAACAAGAAGACAGACUUGGUUGGGCGCUUCCUGCAGUUGCACAUUCUCGGCCUUAUGACACGGUUUACCGACGUUAUAAAUGAUUCAAUAUCCAUCCAUCCACAGGUAACUGAACAGAGACGCUGCAUUCGCGCUUUGGAAGAAAUAGUUCGAAUAUGCCAAUCAUAUGCAAGAAUUGCACGUCCACAGAUAUCGGCUUGUCUUCUAUCUGCUGCUUCGCAAGAUUCAUUACGCGAAGCAGCCAUUUCAUGCUGGGCCGCAAUGCUCAAGUACUUUGACGAAGAAGAUGUCGAGGCUCUGCUGGAGGCUACUUUCUUCAUCGUCAAGCGCUACUGGUCCUUGCUGAAGCCCGCGGCGAUGACGACAAUAAAAGAGAUGCUCAGCAACCUCUUGGAAAAAUCCGAGCAUAUCGUGCAAAAGCACAUCACAAAGCUCCCGUCGCUAUCUUACAUUGAAGCUCUGCGUGAUAUCGAAGCUAAACUUGAGGCAUUUCGGCCGCCUCUUGCCCUCGAAGAUACUUUGGAGGUCUUUUCGCGGAGAAUUGGUCACGACUAUUCCGGGGUUGUUCACCAGGCGUUGGUCGACCUAGCACCAUACUUGAGAAGUAACCAAAGCGCGCUCUACACCCUUGCUAUCAGCCAGCGACCAGACGGCGUGAUUGCUACGCUAUUGCGGGCUCUCCUCGACUGCGCGUGCAAGUACAACGGGGUCCAUAUUGACAUCACUCGACUCUGCGUUGAGUGUGUUGGACUUAUUGGGUGCUUGGACGCAAAUCGAAUCGAAGCAGUACGAGAGCAGCGGUCCAUCGUGGUGUUGGAAAACUUUGAAGUAAUGGAAGAAGCCACUGAUUUCGUGCUCUUUCUGCUCCAAGAGGUGCUAGUGCCGUCGUUUCUUUCUACUACCGACAUGAGACUCCAGGGAUUUCUGUCGUACGCCAUGCAAGAGCUGCUUGAGAGAUGCGAGAUCAGGUCAGCUUGUAACGCCCAUGCGGCUGGAAUGAGUGGUGGCAGCGACAUUUAUCGCAAAUGGAUGGCCCUACCAGAAUACGUGCGGGAAGUGGUUGCACCGUUUCUGAACUCGAGAUACAUGGUCGCGCCCAUGAAUCCCCAGGCUGUGGAAUAUCCAAUCUUUCAUCCGGGAAGGCUCUAUGGCAACUGGCUACGAGCUUUUGUUGUAGAACUUCUACGAAAGGGGCAGCAUCCACAUGCAGAUAUGAUCUUUGAACCUCUCGCACGAAUCAUUCGCGUCAAAGACCUAUCUACUGCUGAGUUCUUGUUUCCAUAUCUCGUGCUUCACGUGCUUUUAGGGCCCAGGAGCAGCCAGGCAGAGAAGGAUCAGAUACUUGGGGAGCUCAUGCACAUACUGCGCUAUCAACUCUCUCCGGACGCGUCUUACCAAGAAAAGGAAGAUAUGAAGCGUUUCUGUCAUGUAAGUUUAAUUGGCGAUGAGCAUGCAGACAUGCCUGACUGA